UGCUUGGCGGGCACAUCAUCCUGACUCCACUGAGACGCAGCAGAGCAGACCUCCUGCAUCUGCAUCUUCCUCCGCGUCAGAAACAACUGUGUUGUAUCUGCAGAUGCUGCGAUAUACUUCAGUGCUCAACGGUACUUGCGGGAAUCGGUAAAUUCUGGGGCGUUUAUGUGCAACGCCUUCAUCAAACUCAAUCAAUCGCAGCUUUCGAGUAAUUUAUUUAUUUUUUUUAUCAAGGAUAACAACGAUGAGGCGUGACAGAGAACGUGAUCGAGACAGGGACCGGGUUAGAGAACGUGACAAGGACAGAGAUGUGAAGUCAUCCAGGGUGCCCAUCAACCCAGCUGGAGCCAGCUUAGGCUUCCUUAAGCAACCUCCCAUUCAGCAGCAGAUAAACCCCUUCACCAACUUGCCCCACACGCCACGUUAUUAUGAGAUCCUGAAGAAACGGCUGCAGCUCCCUGUUUGGGAGUACAAGGAGAGAUUUACCGACAUCUUGACACAGAACCAGUCCUUUGUGCUGGUGGGAGAAACAGGAUCUGGAAAGACCACACAGAUCCCUCAGUGGUGCGUAGACAUGGUGAGGUCAAUGCCGGGACCAAAGAGAUCAGUAGCUUGCACCCAGCCCAGGAGGGUGGCAGCCAUGAGCGUCGCCCAGAGGGUUGCGGAUGAGAUGGAUGUCAUGCUGGGGCAAGAAGUAGGCUAUUCCAUCAGGUUUGAGGACUGCAGCUCAGCCAAAACUGUACUAAAGUACAUGACAGAUGGAAUGUUGCUGCGGGAGGCGAUGAACGAUCCCCUGCUGGAGCGCUAUGGUGUCGUCAUUCUGGAUGAGGCCCACGAACGCACAUUAGCUACAGAUAUCCUCAUGGGGGUCCUCAAAGAAGUAGUACGCCAGAGGCCCGACCUUAAGGUGAUUGUCAUGAGUGCGACGCUCGAUGCUGGUAAGUUCCAAGUGUACUUUGACAGCUGCCCACUGCUAACCAUCCCCGGACGCACACAUCCUGUGGAGAUUUUCUACACGCCAGAGCCAGAGCGAGACUAUCUGGAGGCAGCCAUCCGCACCGUGAUCCAAAUCCACAUGUGUGAGGAGGAUGAGGGGGACGUUUUGCUCUUUCUCACUGGACAAGAGGAAAUUGACGAAGCUUGCAAGCGAAUAAAGCGGGAGGUUGACGACCUGGGGCCUGAAGUCGGGGAUAUGAAAAUCAUCCCUCUAUACUCAACGUUGCCUCCACAGCAGCAGCAGAGGAUCUUUGAGCCACCCCCACCCAAUAAACCAAAUGGCGCCUUUGGAAGGAAGGUUGUCGUGUCAACAAACAUUGCUGAGACAUCCCUGACCAUCGAUGGAGUGGUGUUUGUAAUUGAUCCCGGAUUUGCCAAGCAAAAGGUGUACAACCCACGUAUCAGAGUGGAGUCCCUUUUGGUCACAGCCAUCAGCAAAGCAUCGGCACAGCAGAGAGCAGGUCGUGCUGGACGAACACGCCCAGGAAAGUGUUUCCGUCUUUACACAGAGAAGGCUUACAAGACAGAAAUGCAGGACAACACGUAUCCAGAGAUCCUGAGGUCUAAUCUUGGCUCUGUGGUGUUGCAGCUGAAGAAACUGGGUAUUGAUGACUUGGUGCACUUUGACUUCAUGGAUCCACCAGCCCCAGAGACCCUGAUGCGAGCCCUUGAAUUGCUGAACUACCUGGCAGCACUCAACGACAACGGUGACCUGACCGAGCUGGGCUCCAUGAUGGCAGAGUUUCCCUUGGACCCCCAGUUGGCCAAGAUGGUCAUCGCCAGCUGCGAAUACAACUGUUCCAACGAGGUCCUUUCCAUCACUGCCAUGUUGUCAGUCCCACAGUGUUUUGUCCGACCCACUGAGGCCAAGAAGAUGGCUGAUGAGUCCAAGCUGCGCUUUGCCCACAUCGACGGAGACCACAUGACACUGCUCAACGUUUAUCAUGCCUUUAAACAAAACCACGAGUCUACUCAGUGGUGCUACGAUAACUUUGUCAACUAUCGCUCGCUGAUGUCAGCAGACAACGUACGGCAGCAGUUGUCGAGGAUCAUGGACCGCUUCAACCUGCCGCGAAGGAGCACCGAAUUCAGCAGCAGAGACUACUACAUCAACAUCCGCCGUGCGCUGGUCACUGGUUUUUUCAUGCAGGUCGCUCACCUGGAGCGCACAGGCCAUUACCUGACGGUGAAGGACAACCAAGUCGUACAGCUGCACCCCUCCACUGUGCUGGACCACAAACCUGAGUGGGUGCUCUACAACGAAUUUGUUCUCACCACCAAGAAUUACAUCCGCACAUGUACAGACAUCAAACCAGAGUGGCUGGUGAAAAUUGCCCCGCAGUACUACGAGAUGAGUAACUUCCCCCAGUGUGAAGCCAAGAGACAGUUGGAGCGUAUUAUUGCUAAACUCUCAUCCAAGGAAUACACUCAGUACUAAAAAGGUCUGCAUGAGCUGCUGCAGUAUCCUCAGCUAUCUGUACAAAGCAAACUUUAACGUGUUUGAAUGUCCUUUUUUUUUUUUUUUUAAAUAAUUUCCACUAAAACUAAGUUUGACUUUGAUUGUUGUCUCACUGCAUCAAUGAAUUUUUAUAACUGUUUGUCAACAUUGGUUUUUAUUUUUUCACCUUUCACAGUGAAAGGACUAUACAUAAAAUGCGUGACACUUCAUGUAAAUUUCCACAUUCCGUUGUUUUGCUUGUGCCGAAACGGCACUAAUUUAUGAGAAUAUGCUUUUGAUCAAAUGUAAUUUAUACCGUAUUCCAGUGCAAGCGUAAUGUAAUGUCUUCCUGACAAUGAGACACUAAGAUGGUGACAAAUCCUGUGAACUGUUCAACUUAAUAAACAUGGGUUCGUAAAAACA